UGGCGGGCGAGCAGCCGGGCUUCCUACGGGCUCUGCCGGCUGAGGGCCGGUCGGUGACGGUGCGAACGCGGGUGCGGACGCCGGACUUGGAGCAGUGGGGCCUGGCCGGGAUUCAUCUCCGACCUUACCAACUGGAGGGGGUCAACUGGCUGGCCCAGUGCUUCCACUGUCAGAAUGGCUGCAUCCUGGGGGAUGAGAUGGGUCUGGGUAAGACCUGCCAGACGAUUGCUCUCUUCCUGUACCUGGCAGGAAGGUUAAAUGAUGAAGGACCAUUUCUCAUUCUUUGUCCCUUGUCUGUCUUGAACAACUGGAAGGAAGAGUUGGAAAGAUUGGCUCCCGAUCUUUCCUGCAUCAUCUACGCAGGUGCUAAGGAGGAGAGAGCCCACCUUCAGCAUGGCCUGAAAGAAGAGUCGCGUUUUCAUGUGCUGCUGACCACCUACGAGAUUUGCUUGAAAGAUGCCUCAUUUCUGAAAUCCUUUCCUUGGAGUGUUCUUGUUGUGGAUGAAGCUCACAGACUGAAGAACCAAAACUCCCAGCUGCAUAAGACACUCACAGAGUUCUCAGUGGUCUUCAGGAUCCUAUUGACCGGAACACCCAUCCAGAACAGCCUCUCGGAACUCUACUCCCUCCUCAGUUUUGUGGAGCCUGAACUCUUUUCCAGAGAGCAGGUGGAAGAUUUUGUUCAGCGUUACCAGGAUAUUGAGAAAGAGUCCACAUCAGCAAGUGAACUACACAGACUCCUGCAGCCAUUUCUGCUGAGACGAGUGAAAGCUGAGGUCGCUGCUGACCUUCCCAGGAAAACAGAAGUAGUGAUUUACCAUGGCCUGUCAGCCCUGCAGAAAAAAUACUACAAGGCCAUUUUGAUGAAAGACUUGGAUGCAUUUGAAAAUGAGAUGGCAAAGAAAAAACUCCAGAACGUCUUGUCCCAGCUUCGAAAGUGUGUGGAUCAUCCGUACUUGUUUGAUGGUGUGGAACCAGAGCCUUUUGAAAUUGGAGAACACCUGGUUGAAGUUAGUGGAAAACUUCACCUACUGGACAAGCUGCUGGCAUUCCUGUAUUCCAGGGGCCAUCGGGUUCUGCUUUUCUCUCAGAUGACCCAGAUGUUGGAUAUUCUCCAAGACUAUAUGGAUUACAGAGGCUAUAGCUAUGAGCGUGUGGACGGCUCAGUGAGGGGAGAAGAGAGGCACCUGGCCAUUAAGAACUUCGGACAACAGCCCAUUUUCACUUUCCUCCUGAGCACGAGGGCAGGCGGAGUUGGCAUGAACUUAACAGCAGCAGAUACCGUGAUUUUUGUUGACAGCGACUUUAACCCUCACAACGACUUGCAGGCAGCUGCCAGGGCUCACCGGAUUGGCCAGGACAAGUCUGUUAAAGUUAUUCGACUGAUUGGCCGAGACACUGUGGAAGAAAUUGUCUACAGGAAGGCAGCCUCCAAACUGCAGCUCACCAACAAGGUCACAGAAGGAGGCCAUUUGACUCUAGGAACCCAGAAAGCUUCCGCAGAUGCAGACCUCCAGUUAAGUGAGAUUCUCAAGUUCGGCUUGGAUAAACUUCUGUCCUCUGAGGGGAGCACCAUGAGUGACAUGGACCUGGAGUCCAUCCUAGGAGAAACCAAGGAUGGCCAGUGGGUCCCAGAUGGCCUGUCUGCUGAAGGAGGAGAGGCCAGAGAGCAAGAGGAAGGAAAAAACCAUAUGUACUUAUUUGAAGGUAAAGAUUAUUCUAAAGAGCCCAGUAAAGAAGACAAAAAGUCAUUUGAACAACUGGUAACUCUUCAGAAAACUCUUCUGUUGGAGAAAAUGAGUCAAGAGGGACGGUCACUCCGAAAGAAAGGCACUGUUCUGAUCCCUGGUCUUGUGGAGGGGACCUCCAAGAGGAAGCGAGUUCUGAGCCCAGAAGAACUGGAGGAGAGACGGAAGAAAAGAGAAGAAGCAGCAGCCAAGAGAAAGAGACAAGUAGAGGAGAGGAGGAAGGCAAAGAAAGAAGCUGAGCAUAAGAAAAAGAUGACCUGGUGGGAGUCCAGUGGUUACCAGUCCUUCUGCCUGCCCUCGGAGGACAGUGAGCCAGAGGAGCUUGAGGAUGAGGUGGAAGAGGAUUCUUCUGACCUGGAUUAUGGAGACCCAGACUCGACCUCCAUCAAGUACAUCAGUGGAGAUGUCACCCACCCUCAGGCGGGGGCAGAAGAUGCCCUCAUCGUGCACUGCGUGGAUGACUCUGGCCGCUGGGGCCGAGGUGGUUUAUUCACAGCUCUGGAGGCACGGUCUGCUGAGCCAAGAAAAAGAUAUGAGUUGGCUGGGAAAAUGCAAGAUUUGAGUAUGGGGGGUGUCCUUUUAUUUCCCAUUGAUGAUAAAGUAUCAAGAGACAAGGGGCACGAUUUGUUGGCCUUGGUUGUAGCUCAGCACCGAGAUCGCGCCAACACCCUCUCUGGCAUUCGGAUGGCAGCCCUAGAAGAGGGCCUGAAGAAGAUCUAUGUAGCAGCAAAGAAAAAGAAAGCAAGUGUUCAUCUUCCACGCAUCGGACAUGCCACCAAGGGUUUCAAUUGGUACGGGACCGAGCGCCUUAUUCGGAAGUAUUUGGCUGCCAGAGGCAUUCCAACGUACAUAUACUACUUUCCUAGAAGUAGGGCUGCUGGCAUCCAUUCCCCGUCCUUCACUUCCUCCUCCACCCAGCCACUGCCCUAACAGCCAACUUGGUGCUCCACACUGAGACUCCCGCACAGAGUGACUGUCAUGGAGGACCCCAAGAGAGAACAAGGAUGGAGUUGGCCUCUGGGACUGUCCAUUUCCUGGGUUGACGUUUGUCCUCCUGGG